CGCCCCCCGCAGGCCGCGCGCCGCCGGCGCAGCCGCGGCCGUUGCGCCCCGGGCGUUGCGGCGACAGUCGGCGAUGGAAGCCACGGCGGAGCUGCCGCUGCCCGCCGGGCUCCGCGCCCGCACCUUCCCCGCCAAGCUGUGGCGCCUGCUGAACAGCCCCCGCGUCCGCUCCCUGCGCUGGGACAGCCGCGCCCAGGGGCUGCUCGUACACCGCUGCCUCUUCGAGCGGGAGCUGCUCAGCCCGGGCGGCGCCCAGGGGCCGGCCCCGGGCACCUUCAGGGCCACGCAGUUCCGCAGCUUCGUGCGCCAGCUCUACCGCUACGGCUUCCACAAGGUGCCGGGCCGAACUGGCGUGGCUGCGGCGGGCGAUGCCGGGGCCUGGCUGCACUACAGCAACCCCUGGUUUCGCCGCGACCGCCCCGACCUCCUGCUCCGCAUCAGGCGCCGGACCGCAGCCAACAGGCAGCGGCGGGUGGCGGGGCGGGAGGGGCGCUGCCCCCGGCCCUGCGGCUCCCGGCAGCUCCCCAGGGCGCGGCCGCUGCUGCUGGGCGGGCGGGACGGGCACAGUCGCUUCACGGCGCUGCCCGGGGAGCGGCCGCCGCUGCCGCCCGGGCGCCCGCCCAGCGCCUUCCUCCCACUGCACAGGGAGCGGGGCCCGGACGGGCGGGAGCUGCGCUGCCCCCGGCCCGGCCGCUUCCAGCAGCUGCCCCGGGAGCGGCCGCCGCUCGCCCGGCGCCUGCCCUGCGGCUUCCACCUGCUGCACAGGGCCCGGCCGGGGCCGGCCCGGCGGGAGGGGCCGAGCCGCUUCCAGGAGCUCUACGGGGAGCGGCCGCUGCCCGCCCAGCGGGAGGUGCUCCGGAUCCCGCCCUGCCACUUCCUCGGGCUCCACGGGGAGCGGCUGUGGCUGCUCGGGCGGGAGGGGCCCCCCGACCGCUUCCAGGAGCUCUACGGGGAGCAGCCGCCUCCGCUGGACCGGGAGGUGCUCAGGAUCCAGCCCUGCAGCUUCCCGCAGCUCCACGGGGAGCAGCAGCCCCCAGCCUGCAGGCCACCAGCUGCUCCGGGCACUUCAGCCCCCAGUGCUCCAGCUGGCAGUGCUGGCUGUGCAGCAUCACCGGCCUCCAGCUCAGUGCAGAGUGCACCUGUGAAAGAGGAGUCACCACCACUGGAUCUGGGCCUUGAAUUGGAGAAAAUGAUCAGGGAGAUCAGGAGAUCCCUGUCUGAAAGGUCUCCAGCAUCAUCGGCCUCCAGAUCAGCACAGAGUGCACCUGCAGCAGAGGAGUCACCACCACUGGAUCUGGGCCUUCAGGUGGAGAAGAUGAUCCGGGAGAUCAGGAGCUCCCUGCCUGAGAGGUCUCCCUCUGCUCAGGGGAAUAUUAAUGUUGCCCCUGAGCCUUCAGGAGAGGACACUUUGAACAGGGCUGCAGCAGAGGAAGCUCCAUCUGGCACCGAGAGCUGCAGGAACAGUUCCCCAGAGCCCGAGGAGCCUGAUCCCGUGUGAUCAACCUCUCCUGGAGGGGUGCCCUGCAUGGCAGGAAGAGACAGAGGGAGAGCCUGUGACUACCAGGCAGCUGGGGCCGGGCCGGGCGGAGCAGCAGUUCCAGCCCCGGGUGUCCCUGGAGCGGUGGGAGCUGCCGGUGGCCCCAGGCAGGGUCCCCUGAGGAGCUGCUGAAGGACGCUGCCCUGCAGAGCCUGAGGACAGGCGGAGACUGGCAGGAGGCAGCAGGGAGAAGCUGCAGGCCGGCAGCAGGAGCAGGGAGCAGGGAGCUGCUGCUGCCAGCCGAGAGGCCGGGAGAGCUGCUCUGCACGGGAGGAAGCAAGGACGGAGGGAAAGGCUUUGAAGAUGGGGCGCUGGAAUCCCUCUGCUUCGAGUUCUAUUUAAAGAUCUUUGGACUUGAACAUAGAGAGGGAUAAUGAUAUGGAUAUUUAUAUAUGUGGGUUUUAAUUUGUAUAGUAAUAUUUCUACAUGUUUAUUGUUAUAUUUAUCACUGUAUGCUAUGCAUAUAUGUGUGUAUAUAUGCAUACAUGUUUGUAAUUACAUGUAUUUUUAUAUAUGUGUCUAGGUAUUCGUAUAUAUAAGUAUGAUAUUCUGUGUUUAGUUCU